ACCUCGGGGCACAGACAGGGAGUCAGGUCACCGGGAAGGAAAAUGAAUACAAUCCCUGAGCUGACUUGUUAUAUUAAUAACUACAGCCUUAAUGACUGUCCCACUCCAAAGGGCAACCAGGUCUACGACCGGGUCCUCCUCCAGCUCUUUGGGUUCUUGGGACACGGCAAAUCCUCCUUCAUCAACACCUGCAAGUACGUCUUGGAAGAUGGCGACUACCAGAACUAUACAGACUCCAAAAAAUCAGAAGGCGGCGACACUAAAACCAGAGUAACGUAUCCGCUGACCAACACCCUGACGCUGGUGGACAACCGCGGCUGCUCAGUGAUGAACGAUUAUGAGACAGCGGAAGUAUUUGCUCAGCUUGCCAAUUUAUUGCCCCUGGAUCAGGGAGUGGAGUGGAGCAGAGGAUUUGGACUCGCAGAAAGAAUUGUGGAGGCUGAGAAAUUUGUAAAAUCAUCUGACUUUAUAUUCCCUAUUUUUGUCUACAGUGUAACGAAAAACAUUUCUGAUGAAGAAAUUCCAGAGAUCAAAAUGUUGCUUGAAACAGCCAGAGACCUGACAGAGAUCUUUCCUGUUGUGGUUCUGACCCAUAAGACCUGUGGGAAUCUGAGAGAAAUGAAGGACACGUUUGAAAACAUAGGGGCGGAGCGAGUCUUUGCCCUUGAUAAUUUCACCCCAGAAGAUCACAUCAAAACCAGAGGGAGGCACGAGGAGGUGCUGAAGUUCUUCUGCGAAAUUAUCAAAGAUAUAGAGUUUCGCUUGGACAGAAUGGGGGAUCCGGAGAAAAAGAGACAAGAAAGGAAGAAAAAAUUACUCAAGUUCAUUCAUGAGCGGGAAAUUAAAAAGGGAGAGGAGGAGCUGGAACUGCAGAAAAUGAAGGAACAAAGGAUGAAGAGAGAAAUGGAGGAAAUGCAAAGAAAGAUACAGGAGCAGAAUAAGGGUUGCAAUGUAUCCUAAACCCAAUGACUUUUUCUUCCAAUUAAGAAUGAGUUCACACUACAUACUUUUUUUUUUCCAUUUUAUAAAAAUGUUUAUUGGGGAUUUUAGAACAUAUACAGAGAUAAAUACUUUUUUUCCAACAAACUUGUAACAACAUGGUCUUACUAAAUAAACUGGUUUUUGCCAAA